UCACAAAUCAUGAAGGAAAAAGCGUGCCUUGCUUUGGCCCCCAAACUCACGAUCUGUAAAUUAGAGACCGCCCAGUUUUAAAUGUCAGCCAAUAUGCACUCAGUACCAUGUGAUGCUAAUCGAAUGGUGUCAGAGGUUUUUAAUGUAGGAAAUAAGUAAAGGAACUUGAAUAAACAUGGCUUUAAAUCCGUUGUCUUGUUUUACAGACAGCGAAAUGGAUGACGAGGAAGACAUCGCCAUUAAGUUGUUUCCUGGAUUCCCCGGAAGAAGUUCUAGUGUUCUCGAAAACGAGGCUAUAAUCGACGAAUACUACAACCCACAAAUGUUCUUGACUACACCAUGUUUCAAAGACGACAUGUUUAAUGAUUACAGCGAGAGUAAAGAGGAAAGGCAACGAUACAACCAACCAACUGACAAGGUGCACCAUGUGGACCGGAUAGACAGUUAUUACUGGGGAAGUGUAAGCGAUGCAGAGGUGGUUACUUCCGGUAUUUCACCACAGGAAGUGAGCACAGUUUGGUCUCCAUUCGGUCUUGAACCAGAAUUUCAAGACCCGGAUUGUGAUGGGUUUUCUGAUUAUUUUGAAUUUGAAAACCCUCAAACGCAAAACAAAGUUUUAAACAAUGACAAUAUUGAUAUUAUUCUAGAGCUACAGAAAUUCGAAAAUAGUUUUGGAUUUUCUGUGCGCGGUGGCUUUGACGAGGAGUUUAUGCCUACGGUAGACGACAUUUUCAGAGUACCAACACAGAGAGUUACAGGGAACGGAUGUCGGAUUACCGAAGUAUUACUCAGGCUCCAUCCAAUUACACGACCAAUAUAUGGAAACCGAGAUGAGAUGGGUGACAUCCGUGGGCAAGGUCUUAUGCAUCACAACAGACAAGACUCGGAGAACUCACGAAAUAUG